AAAAAAUUCUGUUGUUUCCAUUUAAGCCAAUGUGUGAAAUUUAAAUUAAAAGAUUCUUUAAAGUUGGAUUUUUCCAUUUGGAUUUUAGUAAUGGUGAAGUUUCUGGAUUUCUCGGAGGCCAACACUUUAUUGUGGUUAAAGACAUGUAGUUUGUAAAACUAGAAAAUUAGUUUUUAUUUUUCUUGUUCUAAAUGGGUUAGUUUUUACCCUGCCCUUCUGUCUGGAAUGUGUCCCAUUCACUCCUCAGUUGUUCUGUCCUACUCCAGAAGACUCCCCUGCAAUGUCAGAAUUAUCCUGCUCUACUUACUUUAUUUGGGAAUUAUGAUUACUUUGCCUGAUGAUUUGGAGCUUUUCCCACUUUUUAUUAUAAUAAAUGACCUGAUGACUUUUUAGUGUUCUGUGCUAUUGUUUGUUCACAUUAGGCUUUCUUUACUAGUUUCUAUCCCUCAGAGUGCUUCUUUUUUUUUUUUUUUUAAAUUCUGCCUUUUUAGAUUAGAGUUUUGAUAACAGGGUAACCUCCAAAUCUGAAACAGUUGGAGACCAUAGUCAGAGAUGAAAAUCAUGUCAACUGAAUCGGGGCUUGAAAGUAGUUUUCUAACUCUUUCGGCUCCAUCAUCUGGCGUUCAAAUACUUAAUGGUUUCGAAUUAUACUGUACCUCUCUCUAAGGAGGAUGCUCUAAGGUCUGUCCAGUAUUUCUACUCCAGAUAUAUCAUGUAUUCCAAGGAGAAAGAGUAUCUACCCUUUUGUUCCUUUAACCAGCCAUGUGACCUUGAAUAAGUCACUUAACUUCUUGGAGUAUCAGUUUCCUUCCAGAUAGAAGGUUUCUGAGUGCUCAGCCGACAAGAGUGUUGUGAGGAGCUGGUGGCAAUCAGAUCACAGGACUUGGCUGUUGUGGAGCAGGGAAUGUCCCUUUCAGUGCUGGGGCCCCCACCCUGAGCACAGGGAUUGACACUCGGGAACUCUUUGUAGGAUGGAUAAAUAGACAAAAAUUUUAUAUAGCUAUUUACUGCCUAUAAGUCCAAGUUACUAUAAUAUUUUAAUUCAUCCUGUAUACUCCCAUACCCUAAUUCAUCCCUAAUUUUCAAAAUAUAACUACCUUCUCCCUAUAGGAUCUUUCUCAGUGUACACAUUUCUACUCCCUUCCCAGUUGACACUGCUUGUUUGUAUCACUUGUGAACUAGUUUGUAUUACUAGCUUUUCCUCCUACGAUUUGAUAUUUUAUAGUUGACACCCACAUACACACACUACCUGGAUUUUACUCUUUCUAUUUUUACAGUACUUGUUUUAUUAUAUAUCCACCUUUCCAUUCCAUCAUCUAUUAAUCCAAACUAAUUUCUUGGUGAUAUUCUAAGUACAUUUCACACAUUGGUACACUCUUUUGGGGGGGCCCUUGGCAGUGAAAGUGCAGAGUCCUAAUCACUGGACCUCCAGGGAAUUCUCUAUACUUUUAUCUAAGUGCUUGAGCAUGCAUCUCCUUAUCUAGAGUUCAAUACUUGUUUCUAGAAUUUGCACACAAUGAAAUGCAGAAAUAUUAAAAGACUACGUUGUGUAUGUGUUGAGAGCAUACUGUAUAUAUUCUGUAGCUCAUUUUUUUUCACUAUUCUGCCUUUCCCUUUAGAUGAACCCUAAUCCUUCUAAUUACUACAUAGUUUUCUAAAUAUGGGUGGAUUCAGUUUACUUAGCUAUUGAUAGAUGUCUAAAAUUUUCAUACUUUGCUGCAGUAAAUAUAUUUAGCAGAUACAUAGGAUAGAGACCUAGAAGUGGAAUUGUUAGGUAGUUAAAGGGUAUGCACGUUUUCAAUUUGAUUUAAAAAUUUAAUAAAAGCCUGGAAGUUGCCAACCAAAUAGUCUUUACCAGUUACCACCAGUAGUGUCUCCUUGUACUCUCACCUACACUGAAUAUCAUCAUUCUCUUUUUAAUUUUUGCUAGUUCCUUUGGGUAAUCAUUUUACUUUAUAUUACUAGUGAGGCUAUAUAUGAUCUUUCCAGCUAGCUGGGAUUCCGUGACCAGGGAUCGAACCCACCCCCACCAUCCACCCACAUUGGGAGCAUGGAGUCUUAAUUGAUCAUUGGACCAUCAGGAAAGUCCCUCCAACUAGCUUUCAAACUUUUCUAGGGCAAGGGUUGAAAUCUUCUACCACCUUCAUAUCUAAAUAUUUGCUAAAUGAGUGAAUGAGUGCUGCCAGAGCAUUCCUGCUGUUGGGUAAGGCUGAAGAAAGGAUGAAUGAGGUAAGUGUGUGAGAAGUUAAAGAAAGCAGAAGUUGCUCAACGUGUGUGUGUGUGUUAAAUUAGUAAAGGAACUCUUCUUUCCUGUUUGUCUUCUCUUCUGUGUGAGGUAGGAUAGUGAGAUGGUUAAGAAUCCAGGCUCUGGAAGCAGGUUUCGUGGAUUCAUAGCUGUGCAGCAUUGGGCAGUUUACUGAAUCUUUGUGCUUCAGUUUCCUUAUUUGUAAAAUAGAGAAUAGUAGCACCUUGCUUACAGGGUUAUUGAAUGGAUUAAAUUAUUACUGGUAAAUUGUGUAGAAUAGUGCUUGACACUCAAUAUAUGCUGCUGUUAUGUUAAUUAUUAUCUUUCCCUUCUGCAUAUGCAGUAUUUGAGCAUCUGUGAUGAGUGUCUGGAAGGUGAGAAAUGCAGACAAAGUUGAAAAGUACUCUAUCUUGAAGAAGCUUACAGACUUCAGGCUUCUUUAGAGGAGUGGAAAAACAUUUUGAUAACCUGGAUCAUAGGGUGGGAUUGCAAGGAUAUAAUUGGGCUGAGCACCCGAGUGACAGGCAUGCCGAAGAUGAUGGUGAAGCAGCCUCGAGGAGUCCUUGUGAGGAUUGCUUCCCCUCAGGGCAUGCACAUUCCCAGGAAAUGAGGAAAAGAGAGAUUUGGGUGUGUUUAGAAAGUUUUGUAGUGCAUCCCUGAGCAUGAGCGCAGAAUGAAGCGACGUUUGGAUGACCAGGAGUCACCGGUGUAUGCGGCCCAGCAGCGUCGGAUUCCUGGUAGUGCAGAGGCUUUUCCUCACCAGCACCGGGUGCUUGCCCCAGCCCCUCCCGUGUAUGAGGCGGUGUCUGAGACCAUGCAGUCAGCCACGGGGAUUCAGUACUCCGUGACUCCCAGUUAUCAGGUUUCAGCAGUGCCGCAGAGCUCCAGCAGUCAUGGGCCCACCAUCGCAGCGGUGCAUAGCAGCCAUCAUCACCCCACAGCCGUGCAGCCCCAUGGAGGCCAGGUGGUCCAGAGUCACGCUCAUCCGGCUCCACCAGUUGCACCAGUGCAGGGACAGCAGCAGUUUCAGAGACUCAAGGUGGAGGAUGCACUAUCCUACCUUGACCAAGUGAAGCUGCAGUUUGGUAGUCAGCCUCAGGUCUACAAUGACUUCCUUGACAUCAUGAAGGAGUUUAAAUCUCAGAGCAUCGACACUCCAGGAGUGAUUAGUCGUGUGUCCCAGCUGUUCAAAGGCCACCCUGACCUGAUCAUGGGCUUCAAUACCUUCUUGCCCCCUGGCUACAAGAUUGAGGUGCAAACCAAUGACAUGGUGAAUGUGACAACUCCUGGCCAGGUUCAUCAGAUCCCAACCCAUGGCAUCCAGCCCCAGCCUCAGCCACCACCCCAACAUCCUUCCCAGCCUUCAGCCCAGUCAGCCCCAGCACCUGCCCAGCCAGCUCCUCAGCCCCCACCUGCCAAAGUCAGCAAGCCUUCCCAACUACAAGCACAUACUCCAGCCAGUCAGCAGACUCCCCCACUCCCACCAUACGCGUCCCCACGUUCUCCACCUGUCCAGCCUCAUACACCAGUGACAAUCUCGUUGGGAACAGCCCCGCCCUUGCAGAACAAUCAGCCUGUGGAGUUUAACCAUGCCAUCAACUAUGUUAAUAAGAUCAAGAACAGGUUCCAGGGCCAACCAGACAUCUACAAAGCGUUCCUGGAGAUUUUGCACACAUAUCAGAAAGAGCAGCGAAAUGCCAAGGAAGCUGGAGGAAACUACACUCCAGCGCUGACUGAGCAGGAGGUGUAUGCCCAGGUGGCUCGUCUCUUUAAAAAUCAGGAAGAUCUGUUGUCAGAGUUUGGACAGUUCCUACCAGAUGCCAACAGCUCUGUGCUUUUAAGCAAAACAACUGCUGAGAAGGUCGAUUCCGUGAGAAAUGACCACGGAGGCACGGUGAAGAAACCUCAGCUGAACAACAAGCCGCAGAGGCCCAGCCAGAAUGGCUGCCAGAUUCGCAGGCACUCUGGAACGGGGGCCACCCCUCCAGUGAAGAAGAAACCCAAAUUGCUCAGCCUCAAAGAUUCUUCUAUGGCAGACGCCAGCAAGCAUGGUGUAGGAACGGAAUCAUUAUUUUUUGAUAAGGUCCGAAAGGCUCUGCGGAGUGCAGAGGCCUAUGAAAAUUUCCUGCGCUGUCUUGUUAUCUUUAACCAGGAGGUGAUCUCUCGGGCAGAGCUUGUUCAGUUAGUCUCUCCAUUCCUGGGGAAAUUCCCAGAAUUGUUUAAUUGGUUUAAAAACUUCCUGGGCUAUAAGGAGUCUGUACAUCUGGAAACCUUUCCAAAGGAACGGGCCACAGAGGGCAUUGCCAUGGAGAUAGAUUAUGCCUCUUGUAAACGGUUGGGCUCCAGCUAUCGAGCCCUACCAAAGAGUUACCAGCAGCCCAAGUGUACGGGACGGACUCCUCUCUGUAAAGAGGUUUUAAAUGAUACUUGGGUUUCCUUCCCCUCCUGGUCUGAGGACUCCACCUUUGUUAGUUCCAAGAAAACUCAGUAUGAAGAACAUAUCUAUCGUUGUGAAGAUGAACGUUUUGAGCUUGAUGUAGUUUUAGAGACCAAUCUGGCAACUAUCCGGGUUCUGGAAGCAAUACAGAAGAAACUUUCCCGCUUGUCUGCUGAAGAACAAGCCAAAUUUCGCUUGGACAACACCCUCGGGGGCACAUCGGAAGUCAUCCACCGAAAAGCACUCCAAAGGAUAUAUGCUGACAAAGCAGCUGACAUCAUUGAUGGUCUGAGGAAGAACCCUUCCAUUGCCGUCCCAAUUGUCCUUAAAAGGUUGAAGAUGAAAGAGGAAGAAUGGCGAGAAGCUCAGAGAGGCUUUAACAAGGUGUGGAGAGAGCAAAAUGAGAAAUACUACUUGAAAUCUCUGGACCACCAAGGCAUCAACUUUAAACAAAAUGACACCAAGGUCCUGAGGUCCAAGAGCUUACUCAACGAGAUUGAGAGUAUCUAUGAUGAGAGGCAAGAGCAGGCUACAGAAGAAAAUGCUGGUGUACCUGUUGGCCCACACCUUUCACUUGCCUAUGAAGACAAACAGAUUCUGGAAGAUGCUGCUGCUCUGAUUAUCCACCACGUGAAGAGGCAGACAGGCAUUCAGAAGGAAGAUAAAUAUAAAAUCAAGCAAAUCAUGCAUCAUUUUAUUCCAGAUCUGCUCUUUGCUCAGAGAGGUGAUCUCUCAGAUGUGGAGGAAGAGGAAGAAGAAGAGAUGGAUGUAGAUGAAGCCACAGGGACGGCUAAGAAGCACAAUGGUGUUGGGGGCAGUCCCCCUAAGUCCAAGCUACUGUUUAGUAACACAGCAGCUCAGAAGUUAAGAGGGAUGGAUGAAGUGUACAACCUCUUCUAUGUUAAUAAUAACUGGUAUAUCUUUAUGCGGCUGCACCAGAUACUCUGCUUGAGGCUGCUGCGGAUCUGUUCCCAAGCUGAACGGCAAAUUGAAGAAGAAAACCGAGAAAGAGAGUGGGAACGGGAAGUGCUGGGCAUCAAGCGAGACAAGAGUGACAGCCCUGCCAUCCAGCUGCGUCUCAAAGAACCUAUGGACGUUGAUGUAGAAGAUUAUUACCCAGCUUUCCUGGACAUGGUGCGGAGCCUGCUGGAUGGCAACAUAGACUCGUCCCAGUAUGAAGAUUCGCUGAGAGAGAUGUUCACCAUUCAUGCCUACAUUGCCUUUACCAUGGACAAACUCAUCCAGAGCAUUGUCAGACAGCUGCAGCAUAUCGUGAGUGAUGAGAUCUGUGUACAAGUGACUGACCUGUACCUGGCAGAAAACAAUAAUGGGGCCACAGGAGGCCAGCUGAACACACAGACUUCAAGGAGCCUCCUGGAGUCAACAUAUCAGCGGAAAGCUGAGCAGCUCAUGUCAGAUGAAAAUUGCUUUAAGCUUAUGUUCAUUCAGAGCCAAGGCCAGGUUCAGCUGACCAUUGAGCUUCUGGACACAGAAGAGGAGAACUCGGAUGACCCUGUAGAAGCAGAGCGCUGGUCAGACUACGUGGAGCGAUACAUGAAUUCUGAUACUACCUCUCCUGAGCUUCGUGAGCACCUGGCACGGAAGCCAGUGUUUCUCCCACGGAAUCUGCGGCGGAUCCGGAAGUGUCAGCGUGGUCGAGAGCAGCAGGAAAAGGAAGGGAAGGAAGGAAACAGCAAGAAGACCAUGGAGAAUGCAGACAGCCUGGAUAAACUGGAGUGUAGAUUCAAGCUGAAUUCCUACAAGAUGGUAUAUGUGAUCAAGUCAGAGGACUACAUGUAUCGGAGGACCGCCUUGCUGCGGGCUCAUCAGUCCCAUGAGCGUGUAAGCAAGCGGCUACAUCAGAGGUUCCAGGCCUGGGUAGAUAAAUGGACCAAGGAGCAUGUGCCCCGUGAAAUGGCAGCGGAGACCAGCAAGUGGCUUAUGGGUGAGGGGCUGGAGGGCCUGGUGCCCUGCACCACCACCUGUGACACAGAGACCCUGCACUUCGUGAGCAUUAACAAGUACCGUGUCAAAUACGGCACAGUGUUCAAAACCCCAUAACUGCAAAGCCAGAGCAGAUAACUGGAGGGGGGUGGUGUGUGUGGGGGGGCGCGUAUACUCGCACACACUGAAGAAACAAGGAAGAUGCCUUUCAAGCCUCACUGGGCCUCUCUGGGACAUGGCCACCUGAUCUGUGCGUGGCUGGUGCAACCUGGCACCAAGUGGGCUGCAUAUAAGGAACGUGUGAUCCCUCACAAAGCCGGAGUUGGAACUUUUCCCAGGGGUUUUGGGUAUUAGCCUGCCCUGGAGGGGAGGAAACCCAUGCAAGCACAGGGACACGCAGCUUGCACACACCAGCAGAGUGGAGACUGGAGCCUCUUGGGGCGACCUUCGGUGAGGGAACCGGAUGCUGUUCACACCUGGACUGGAUGGGCAAGCAUCGACUGACAGACUCGAGAAGAGUCAUCGCUUAGAUGGAUUGUAACUCUGAUGGUCACUGCUCCUUUCCUCUUCCCCCCAAAAAGGAAAAAAAAAAAAACUGGAUUGGAUUUUUUUUUUUCCUGGUCACUUGAGCACAUCUAGAUCACCCAUUAGGUUUUCUCUGGGACCUGCAGUUUGGCUUUGGGAUUGAUCAUCUUGUGGAUUUGAUUCCUGAUGAAUACCUUGCUGCCCACCCUUUCUUCUCUCCUCUGGUUCUCAGCCUCAACAAGUUCAAAUCAGUCGUCCUUUUUAGCUCCCGUGGAACUGUUUUGUACCUGCUUCUUUACUAGUCUACCCUAGUGCCAUCCACCAGCUUUACUCACACACACACACACACACACACACAAUUUUAACUUGGUUUUUCUUUUUUUUUUGUAAAUAAUGUACAUACUGUCAAUUUUUUAUUAAAAGAAAUAUGCUUUGAUGUGCUAGCAUAACUGCUCUAGCUUCUUGUGUACCAUAGUUCUAUGUGGCUUCAGAUUUAGUACCUAUGAACAGAUGUACAAGACAUUUAUUACACUUUUUACCAAAGGGAGUUACCGUUGUAGUACUUUUGUGUAAAACUUGUCUUCCUUCUUGCCCCAACUUUUUUUUUUUUUGUAAAUAAAUAAAGCUUGGUUCUUACUUAAGGAAUAAACUCUCACCACAAGUCCCUUGUCCUCACCAGAGAAUACCGUGGAGCAGGGAUUUGGGCUUCGGUUCCUUAUCUACAUACAGUACAAAAACAGGAUUUUGCUUUAAAUAGUUGGCAGUCAGUUGCACUUGUCCCAAAUCAAAAUAUCUCACAUUUUAAAAAUAGAAUUAUUCAUUCUUUUGGCAUAUAUUCUACCCCCUUAUUUCAGCUGUUUGGAAAUAUUUUACAUAUGGGUAUGUUGUGCAGCUGUAUAGUUUGUGCUUCUCUAUUUUUUCUUCCCCUCAUUGGAAAUGGGAGUGAACAGCUUAAAUACCAAACUAGUGUUUGAAAGAAGUGUGUACACAGUGUGUGAUAUAAAUGGGGUUAGGAGGGAGAAGACUUGAUACAUUAGCAACUGCAAAUGGAAUAUAUACGUAUAUAUAUUUUUUAAUUACGUAAAUUUAAAGCAGCAGAUAUUUAAACGAGUGAUCAGGAUUUUUGUAUGUGGGCAGCCUGACUUUUCUGAACAAACACCAACUGAGCCCCUCCCAGGACUUUGGUGAAUUUUUCUCCAGCAACCAUUACUCUAGUCAAAGUAAACAACGGUGUUCCUGUGUGGUUUUGUUUGCUUUUUAAUUAAAAAUCCCUAAUAUCACCACCACAAAACCACAAUUUUUUUUGCUCUGGACUUUCCUUACGAAUGGUAAGCUUAUCUGAUUUUUAGACUUGUUGAGGGGGGCAGUGGAGGGAUGGGACAGUUACAGGAGGAGACUCAGCUCACAUGUGUGAGGUGGCAGCAAAGGCUGUGGGAGGAGAUUCUGGUGAAGCUGCAGCACUGCCUCACUUGGAAGGUGUAGUGAUACUGAUGGGUUGGGUAGGAUCUUCAGGUUAUCCACCAGUAACUCAACCCAUCCCCAUCUGCUUGCUUAAGAAAGAUCCUGUUGACUUGGAGUUAAUAGGGGGAACUGAUUGAACGUGACCCAGGCAGCCCCAGCUAUUGCUGUGUCUGCAGAGGGUUAUGUCCAGAGCAGCUGCCUGCAGGUCAGGAUAGGGUUUCAGGACCAAUCCUACUAGUGCAACCAGAAGAAGGGAGCUUCACCUACAGCCAGGAUUUACAAACAGCAUUUUUAUGUCUCCUGCCUUCUGACAUCUGAACUCCAAGCUCAGCUCAGCCUAUCUUACAGCAGCAAGUUAUAUUUUAAGUCAUGUUUGGUAUUCUGUACUUAAGUCACCUUUCCCUACGAUUUGCAUUUGAAAUGUUGUAAACUUGGUCAGUAUUUCUAUUAAAACAUCAGGGGUCCGUUA